AUGUCUCUGCAAGGGGCAGCGAGAGCUGAUGAGCUGAUUUUCUAUGUGAAUGGGAGGAAGAUAAUAGAGAAAAAUGCUGAUCCUGAACAAAUGCUGUUGUCUUAUCUGCGAAAGAGACUCCAUCUUACAGGUACUAAGUAUGGCUGUGGAGGAGGUGGCUGUGGUGCCUGCACGGUGAUGAUAUCAACUUAUGAGCCAGCUUUGAAGAAGAUACGACAUUAUUCAGCAAAUGCAUGUUUGCUUCCCAUUUGCUCCUUGUAUGGUGCAGCAGUUACCACAGUGGAAGGUGUUGGAAGUACAAAAACCAGAGUUCAUCCAGUUCAGGAACGGCUGGCCAAGUGCCAUGGCUCCCAGUGUGGUUUCUGCACUCCUGGAAUGGUGAUGUCUAUAUACACUUUGCUCAGAAACCACACAGAACCAACUUCAGAGCAGAUGAUUGCAGCUCUGGCUGGGAACUUGUGCCGCUGUACUGGAUAUAGGCCAAUCCUAGAUGCCUGUAAAACCUUCUGUAAGGAAUCUGUUUGUUGUCAAACAAAAGCAAAUGGAAAGUGUUGCUUGGAUCAGGAGGAUGAUUUGUUUGACCAGGAAGAAAAGGUUUCUACCAGACUAUUUUCAACAGAUGAAUUCCAGCCUUUAGAUCCUACCCAGGAGCUUAUAUUUCCUCCAGAACUAAUGAGAAUGGCUGAAAAUCAACCCAAAAGAACUCUGUUUUUUCAUGGGGAGCAAAUGAAGUGGAUUUCUCCUGUAAGCUUGGAUGAAUUACUGGAUCUGAAAGCUGCCUACCCCAAAGCACCUCUUGUGGUUGGGAACACCAGUGUGGGACCUGACAUGAAAUUUAGAGGCGUGUUCCAUCCAAUUGUUAUUGCUCCUGCAAGGAUCCCAGAUCUGAAUGUGGUGAAACGCACGGAUGACGGAUUAACUCUGGGAGCUGCCUGCAGCCUCUCUCUAGUGAAAGACAUCUUGGCAAACGCAAUCUCAGAGUGCCCUGAAGAGAAGACAAAGGUUUUCCGUGCUGUCUUGCAGCAAUUAAGAACUCUGGGUGGAGAACAAAUAAGAAACGUUGCUUCAUUAGGUGGAAACAUCAUAAGUAGAAAGUCAACCUCGGACUUGAAUCCUGUUCUGGCAGCUGGCAACUGUAUGCUCAAUCUGGCUUCAAGAGGAAGAAAGCGACAGAUUCCUUUGAGUGAUAUUUUUGCAGAUGGAGUUGGUAACAAUAGCAUUACACCAGAGGAGAUCUUAGUCUCUGUCCAUAUUCCCCAUUCUAGGAAGGGAGAGUAUGUCUCUGCAUUUCGACAAGCACCAAGACGGGAAAAUGCUCUCCCAAUAACCAAUGCUGGGAUGAGAGUCCUUUUCGAAGAAGGUACAGACAUAAUAAAGGAUUUAAGCAUUUUCUAUGGAGGUGCUGCCUCAACCACAGUCUGUGCAAAACAAACCUGUUGGACACUCAUUGGAAGACACUGGAAUGAACAAAUGUUGGACGAAGCCUGCAGACUCGUUCUUAAAGAAAUUGCUUUUCCAGGCUCAGCCAGUGGUGAAAAAGUAGACUACAAGAAAACUUUGAUAGUUAGUUUCUUCUACAGAUUUUUCCUGGAAGUAUUGCAAUCAUUGAAGACAAUGAAUCCUUGCCACUGUCCUGGUAUACCUAUGGAAUAUAGGAGUGUCCUACAAGAUUUCCAUACCAAAAUGCCUCGGAGUAUCCAAAUAUACCAGGACAUAAAGCCAAGUCAGUCUCCCCAGGAUCCUGUGGGACUGCCUAUUAUGCACCAGUCUGGAAUUAUGCAUGCCACUGGUGAAGCAGUUUACAUUGAUGACCUUCCUUCUGUGGAUGGGGAGCUCUUCCUGGCUGUCGUCACUAGUUCCAGAGCUCAUGCUAAGAUUGUAUCUAUAGAUACCUCAGAGGCUCUAAAAGGACCUGGUGUGUUCGAUAUCAUAACAGCUCAUGAUGUACCAGCUACAAAUGAGUUUUACAACUCCGAUGAGCCAGAGAUUAUAUUUGCAAGAAACAAGGUGAUUUGUGUGGGUCAGAUUGUCUGUGCUGUGGUUGCGGAUUCAGAUGUUCAUGCCAAAAAAGCAGCUGCAAAAGUGAAGAUAGAGUAUGAAGUUCUGGAACCAGUAAUCUUAACAAUUGAGGAAGCUAUAAAGCACAACUCGUUCUUUGAACCAAAAAGAAAAUUAGAACAAGGAAAUGUUGAUCAGGCAUUUGAAACUGUUAAUAAUAUAAUUGAAGGGGAGAUUCACAUUGGAGGACAGGAACACUUUUACAUGGAGACUCAGAGUGUGCUUGCUGUUCCAAAAGGAGAGGAUAAAGAAAUGGAUGUGUAUGUGUCAACACAGCAUCCAGCAUUUAUUCAGGAAAUGGUAGCUGCAAGUUUAGGCGUUCCAGCCAACAGGAUCAUGUGCCAUGUUAAACGAGUUGGUGGAGCUUUUGGUGGAAAACUCCUAAAAGCUGGCUUACUGGCAUCAGUUGCUGCAGUGGCAGCAAACAAAACCAGCAGAGCUGUCCGUCUUAUUCUGAGCCGAGGGGAUGAUAUGUUAAUCACUGGUGGCCGACACCCUUUUAUUGGUAAAUAUAAAGUUGGCUUCAUGAAUGAUGGUAGGAUCAGAGCUGUGGAUGUCAAAUAUUACAUUAAUGGAGGAUGCACGCCUGAUGAAUCUGUCCUGGUAGCAGAGGUAUCCUUAUUAAAAAUGGACAAUGCAUACAAGAUUCCCAACUUGAGAUGCUGGGCUUAUGCUUGCAAAACAAACUUGCCAUCAAACACAGCGUUCCGUGGUUUUGGCUUUCCCCAGUCAGCACUGGUGACAGAAACUUGGAUAACAGGAGUUGCAGAUAAAACCGGUUUCUCACCAGAAAAGAUUAGGGAAAUAAAUAUGUAUAAGGAGAAUGAGCAGACACACUUCAAGCAAAAGCUUGAUCCACAAAACUUAAUACGGUGUUGGAAUGAAUGUAUGGAGAAAUCUGCAUACUACGAUAGGAAAGCAGCUGUCAAUGAAUUUAACAAACAAAAUUACUGGAAGAAAAAAGGGAUUGCCAUUGUACCAAUGAAGUUUCCAUUUGGACUAGGCACACGUUAUCUUUCUCAGGCUGCUGCUCUGGUUCAUAUUUAUACUGAUGGAUCUGUGCUUCUGACACAUGGUGGAAUUGAAAUGGGGCAGGGUAUUCAUACAAAAAUGAUCCAGAUUGCUAGUCGAGAGUUGAACAUUCCCAUGUCAUGUGUUCACUUCUGUGAAACGAGCACAACAACUGUUCCUAAUGCAUGUGCCUCAGCAGGAUCUGCAGGGACAGAUGUCAAUGGCAUGGCUGUGAAGGAUGCUUGCCAAACUCUUAUGAAACGCCUGCAGCCUAUCAUCAACAAGAACCCAAAAGGGACCUGGAAUGAUUGGAUUAAAGAAGCUUUUGAACAGAGUGUGAGUCUUUCAGCUACUGGCUACUUUAGAGGUUACAAUGAAAACAUGGAUUGGGAGAAAGGGGAAGGUCAGCCCUUCACGUAUUUUCUUUAUGGAGCUGCUUGUUCAGAGGUUGAAAUUAACUGUCUAACAGGAGAUCACAAGAACCUCAGAACAGACAUUGUUAUGGACAUUGGAUGCAGCAUAAAUCCAGCUGUGGAUAUAGGACAAAUUGAAGGUGCUUUUGUUCAAGGCAUUGGACUGUACACAAUGGAGGAAUUAAAGUACUCUCCAGAAGGAGUCCUCUAUACUCGGGGUCCCGAUCAGUAUAAGAUCCCCGCUGUUUGUGAUAUUCCGGAACAGUUUAAUGUUUCACUGCUGUCAUCUUCCCAAAAUCCUUAUGCCAUCUAUGCAUCCAAGGGGAUAGGUGAGGCAGGACUUUUCUUGGGAUGCUCUGUGUUCUUCGCUUUGAGAGAUGCAGUAACUAGUGUGAGGAAUGAAAGAGGACUGAAAAAGACCUUUGCACUGAACAGCCCUCUGACCGCUGAACAAAUACGGGCAGGCUGCGCAGAUGACUUUACUGAGAUGGUAAUAGGAAGGUGCUUUUCCCCACUGACUUGCACUCUGGCACUGUCACAUCAUUCUGGUACUCCUUGCUAUGCCCAGUACACUUUGGGAUAA